AUGCCCAAAGCACCCGGAGGAGACGCACGUCAAAUGAGACGCCACAAUCCGCUGUCGGAAGACUACGCACCCUCGAACCCGCACAAGCAAAAAGCACCCAAGAGAAAAGGCCGCUCUAAUGCCGGCGACGACGACGAUGAACAACAAGCAUACAUCGAUUCCAAAGCCUCGAGGAAAAUUAUUGCGCUAGGACAGGACUUGACCGCCGAGGAGGAUGCAGAACUCGAGGCCCAAAGACCGAAAAACGCAUCAAAGUCGGCAUUUGAGUUUGAGAGAAGUCUGCGCGACGAGGAGGAUUCUGACGACGAGGCUGGUGGCAUCCCGGAAGAUGACGAGGCCUGGGGAGAUGAGGAGGAUGAGGAGGUAGAAGAGGUUGAAGUGGAUCCUGAGGAUUUGGCCAUGUUCAACAAGUUCAACCCGGAAUUCGAUCCUGCGACGCUGUUGGCACCUCAGGCUGACGAGGGAGAGAGCACCAACCUUGCAGACUUGAUUUUGGAAAAGAUUGCGCAGCACGAGAACAGUCAGGCCCAAGGACAGAUCAUCCGUGGUGGUGGUGCUCCCGAGGAUGCUAUUGAGCUGCCAGCCAAGGUUGUCGAGGUCUACACCCAAAUCGGCAUGAUGCUCUCACGAUUCCGCUCGGGCAAGCUCCCCAAGCCCUUCAAGAUCCUCCCCACCCUUCCCCAAUGGGACACUCUCCUCUCCAUCACCCGCCCGGACUCGUGGACGCCCAACGCAACCUACGAAGCCACCCGCCUCUUCACCUCCUCCCGCCCCGCCGUCGCCCAAGCCUUCAUCCACGACAUCCUCCUCGACCGCGUCCGCGACGACAUCCGCGAAACGAAAAAACUAAACGUCCACCUCUACAAGGCGUUGAAAAAGGCUCUCUACAAGCCCGCCUGUUUCUUCAAGGGUCUGCUGUUCCCUCUGCUCGCAUCAGGCACCUGCACGCUCAGGGAAGCACACAUCAUCAGUUCCGUGUUGGUGCGCGUCAGCAUCCCCGUCCUGCACUCUGCAGCCGCCAUCCACCGUCUUUGCGAAAUCGCCGCUGAGCAAAUGACCGACAACCUCGAAGCCGGCGGCGCAACAAACAUCUUCAUCCGCGUGCUGCUGGAGAAGAAAUACGCACUCCCCUACAAAGUAGUGGAUGCAGUCGUCUUCCACUUUUUGCGUUUCCGCGCCGUGGACGAAAAUGCAAUGACCAAUGCACCUCUGACCAUCAAGUCUGGCGAAAAGCUGCCGGUGCUGUGGCAUCAGUGUUUCUUGGCUUUUGCGCAGAGGUAUAGAAAUGAUAUCACCGAGGAUCAGAGAGAAGCAUUGUUGGAUUUGCUGUUGGUCAAGGGACACAAGGCCAUCGGCCCUGAGAUUAGAAGGGAAUUGUUGCAGGGAAGAGGAAGAGGUGUUUUGGCUCCCGAGGUUGCCAUGGCUGGUGUUGAUGGUGAUGACACCAUGGUCGAUAUCCAGUAG